GUAGCGGCGCUGCGCUGCGGCGGGGCCGGGGCCGGGGCCGGCGGGCGGCCAGCGCUGCCGCCGAGCCGCGGCUGGGGGCGAUGCCGCCGCGCCGCCCGCCCGCCGCGCCGCCCCGCCGCCCGCCCGGCGACCGGCGAGGCAGCGCCCGGCGGCGGGCGGGAUAAUGCAGCUGCCCAGCCCGCAGGCACCGCCAGCGGGGCGCCCCCGCCGCCAUGUCCCCCCCGGCCUCGGCGGCCGCCGCCAGCGAGGGAGGCAGCAGCACGCCGGUGCCUCCGGAGGAGGAGGCGGAGGGGGCCCGAGAGGAGCAGCGGCCAGUGAAGCAGUCUCUCAGCAAGUCCCUGUGCCGAGAGUCCCACUGGAAAUGCCUGCUGCUGUCCCUCCUCAUGUAUGGCUGCAUGGGAGCCAUGACCUGGUGCCACGUCACCAAGGUGACCCGGCUGACCUUUGACAGCGCUUACAAGGGCAAGUCCAUGAUGUACCAUGACAGCCCCUGCUCCAACGGCUACGUCUACAUCCCCUUGGCUUUCCUGGUGAUGCUCUACGUGGUGUACCUGGUGGAGUGCUGGCACUGCUACACGCGCAACGAGCUGCAGUACAAAGUGGACGUGGAGAGCGUGCACGAGCGCGUGCAGCGGAUGCAGCAGGCGACCCCCUGCAUCUGGUGGAAGGCCAUCAGCUACCACUACGUCCGCAGAACCCGGCAGGUCACCCGCUACCGCAACGGGGACGCCUACACCACCACCCAGGUGUACCAUGAGCGGGUCAACACCCACGUGGCAGAGGCCGAGUUUGAUUAUUCCAACUGUGGAGUCAAGGACAUCUCCAAGGACCUCAUUGACCUGGAGAGCUACCCAGCCACACGGCUCCGCUUCACCAAGUGUUUCAGCUUUGCCAACGUGGAGUCCGAGAACUCCUAUCUGACCCAGCGAGCCCGCUUCUUCACGGAGAACGAGGGCCUAGACGAUUACAUGGAGGCCAGGGAGGGGAUGCACCUCAAAAAUGUGGACUUCAAGGAAUACAUGGUGGCCUUUUCUGACCCAGACAACCUGCCUUGGUAUGUAUCUCACUAUGUCUUCUGGGUGGCAGCUCUGCUGACCCUAUCCUGGCCCCUGCGGGUGCUAAAUGAGUACCGCACCUCCUAUGUCCAUUACCACGUGGAAAAACUCUUUGGGUUCGAUUACGUGGCGGUGACGCCGGCCGAGGAGCGCUCCUUCUGCCGGAGGAUGCCCCGUGUCAACACGGUGGACAGCACCGAGCUGGAGUGGCACAUACGAUCCAACCAGCAGCUGGUGCCCAGCUACUCGGAAGCGGUCCUGAUGGACUUGGUGGGGCUCUCCGGCUGCACCAGCUACUCUGCUUGCCGCUACGGGGGCUACCGGCAGAACUGCGAGCGGUGCCACAGGACUAUAAGCAGCUCCUCCAUCUUCUCCCGCAGUGCUCUGAGCAUCUGCAAUGGCAGUCCCAGGAUUCCCUUCAGCAGCAGCCGCUUCUCCCUGGGCCGCUUGUACGGCUCGCGCCGCAGCUGCCUCUGGCAGAGCCGGAGUGGCAGCCUGAACGAGCAGAGCUGCCCCACUGAGCAGACACGCCUCUCCAGCCAGGUGACUGUGGAGGAGGAAGACCCCCCUCCUUAUCAGGAUGCCCUCUACUUCCCCGUCCUCAUUGUGCACCGCAACGAAGGCUGCCUGAACCACGACCACCGUCACCUCCAUCGCAAUGGGUCCUGCGUGGAGACCUCACUGUGAAAGCAGAAGGCAGUGAGAUCUCAUUGUCCAUUGCCUGGCCCAAGCCAGUGCAGGAUUUGGGGAGAGGAGCACAAGGGGGAUAGCCUAGGAGGACAUCAGGAUGGAGUGGACAUGGCAUCCUGCUCCGGCAGCCAGCAAAAGCUUCCCCCGCUGUGGCUCUGACCUCCCAGGAGGGUGGAUGCUGAUGCUCCCCCUGACAUGGCACAGAACUCUAGACCGAUCACCACAUGCAAAAAAAAAAAAACCAACAAAACAAAACCAACCAAACCAACAGCAAAACCAUAAUUCAUGGUAUCAAGACCCAAAGGGGGGGAAUAAAACGACAGGCCUGAUGCAGGGAGGGGGUGGCUUUGGCUCCCAGGCCUGGCUCCAGGCUGGCUUGUGCUCCAAGGAACCAGCAGCCACCCAAAAAGCACCUUGCUGCACCUCUGCCCUCCCUGCUUCCCACACUGGAGUGAGACCCCUCACAGGGUGGAGUAGAACAGGCCCCUUGGAGCAGGGUGUCGCUGCCUGUGACAGAAGGUCAUGGGUACCCAGGCACGUGGAGCUGAAUGGCAGGUUAGAGCAAAGGCUGAAAGCCACGAAUCCACCUGUUCCCCUUCCCCCUGACCAUUCCCCACCCUCCCCUCUUUUUUUUAGACCAUGCUCCGACUGUUACUUUUUUCUCACUGCUGGGAAUGGCAUUGCCUCCAGAGGAUCCCAUGUCCAGCUUCUUAGGAAGUUUCGGUGUGCCAGCCGUGAGUCAGCAUCCCCUUGGUAAAGGGUUUUCUGUUUGGGCAUUCAGCACCGGGGAGGGAUGAAUGUGCAAAUCCAGAUGGAGCAGAGAUCUGCAGCGCUACUGAUGUGUUUGCUGAAGGAGGGCUCAGCUGGAAAGAGAAAACGGGAGGCCCCUGGUGAGCUGGGGAAGGGGAAGAGGAUGGCACUGGAACAGACAUCGUUGUAUCAGGUGGCACAUCGAGUGGCUGGGGACCCUUCCUGGCUUUGAAGUAAGUCCUAAUUGGUUCAGCCAAGCAUCAAGGAAGUCUCUGGUAGGUUCACCUGCAGUUCACCUAUUGAUAAUGGAGCAGCAGGUUGGUGCAAGUCUGCACAAGUGAAUUUUGCAUGAGAUCCAGCUGGGCUCUGGCUGUGCACUCUGAGCUGCAGGCUCCUGGAAGCCUCAUUUUGGCAGAAAGCUCUGAGGGGAUAGGAGGGACAAAUGCAAAAGCAUGCUGGAACAUUGGGAACUUUGGCUGGGGAAAGGAGGAUCAGAAGGGUUCUGUUUCUGUAGAACCCCACUGUUGGUGCAGGAGGCGCUGCCAUGAGGGAUGCUCUGCAGAACAGAGGCCGGGGAAACGUUAGAGGAAAACCUGAUUAAAACAAACGUUUUGCACGACAGAGAUUUUUGCAGGGAGGCGUCAGGCUGUCAGAAGUGAGGUGACUUCCGUGUAGCUCAUUAGCUACUGGGUUCUUCUGCCUUGCUCUUGUCAGGGCAGGUUGCUCUGAGCUUUGUGCUGCCCCUUCUACCCUGCUGGAAAGGAUCUCAGUGACAUUGGGCAAAGAGCCUUUGUGUCACUGAAGCUGCAACAGUGUUUGCAGCAUGCACAUACCCAGCUUUUCUUCCUCCAGCAACACAUCCCCAGAUCUCUUGUGUCCUUGUUCUCAGAAAAAUUGUCUCCUUUUCAGUCAGCUCUUUGGAGAGUGCAUGCCAAAUCAGCCAGCGGUCUCUCCAGGCAGCACUACUCCUCAGCUUCACCUCGCUUCUCUCAUCAGCUGUGGCAAACAGAAGCUAAGAGCAGCACAUCUUGGGUGACAAGGGCAAGUCCAUUGGCACCUGGGCAUUUGUGCUUGGUGUUUGCCUCCCCAUCUGUCACAGAAGGGCAAACAGUGAGGCACUGUAUUUGGUCCAGCCAUCUUCCUCCUGCCAGCUAUUAGUGAGGGGUCUGGCUCUCUCAUCGUGCUGCUGUACUGCUUUGCCUCCCAGGUCUCCAGGAGGCUGCAAAUGCACCCAUGUACCACACCGGUCCUAUUUUGAAAGUCAUCUCCUGCUGGCAAGCCUGGAGUGGUCAGCACCUGUGGGCAUUGUAGGGCUCCACUUUUCAUUUACCCCAGAGCAGUCUGUUGUGCUUUUUAUGCCCUGCAUAUCCUGGUUAGUGUCUGUUGCCCUUCAAGUCAGCUUGUCCUCCUGGAUCUCAGGUGCUAAACUACAAACAACAGUGGUUUGAACAGGAAGUCUCUUAAAACCUCAUUCUGUUUAUGAUUCUUAGAUUCUGCCCUUACUUCCACUACCAGAACUAGAUGUUAGCUUAAAGAAGAAGGUCCCUUGGAAGACAGAGAAGCCUAAGGUCUCUGGUGUAGGCACAUCCCUCUCUGCAUUUUUGUUCUCUUUUUUUUUUUUUUUUUUGGCAUAGAUUCAAGCUGGGCGAAAGCAGCCCUGGGAUUUCCUUGCUUAGUAAUGACAUUUGGCUUGCUGUGCACUCGUGCUUCUCUCUCCAAGGGCCUAAUGUAAGCCAAGGCCAAUGUGGAGUGUUCUAGUGACUCCAGGGAGAUGGUGGUGUGUGCUUGUAUGUCCCAGUGAAUUGAGACAGUGGAGCUGCAAUGGGUCAUUAGUGAGGAAUGAGGUCCCCGCUUGUCCUUCCUGACAUGUUCUCUUUGAAAUCUGCGGCUGUUGCUUAAAUUAGGCUGUAAUGGCUCAUCUUUCUAUCUCCAGCCUCCAAGGUGCCUUGGACAGAUGGAUUUAUCUCAGUUUUGGCAGGCCUUUUUAGCUCCCUGUGGCAAAGACAGUCUUCACAACAGGGAUAGAUUAGCAGGGUCUCUAUGCCCCCAGCUUUUAGCACCUGCAGCAGAGUUUCAGGCACCGUGUCCUUGGCUCUUUCUGGGGCUUUCUAUAAGAAUGCCUGGCCUUGUUGCUCUGGCCCCUUUUUCACCUCUGAAAUCUUAUCUGGAGGUGGUCUAUCCAGGUGGAACUUCGAGGCACGGCUGCUGUUCUGACCCACAGGAUCCAUACAGUCUUCCUGUUGCUGAACACCUUCCCCAUGUACAUGGUGGCAGCUGUAGUCCCAGUGCUACUGUCUGUGGCUGGUCCAGACCCACAGUACUCUGAGAAAUGAGACUUCUCUAGUCAGUGUUCCCCACUGCAUGCCAGGAUUUCUCAGAGAUCCCAUCCCUCAUAUUCUUGGUGCUACCCAAGUGCACCAGGUAGAACUGCCCCCCUGGUCCAUCCCAUUCCAUUUUCUCAGUGGUGGAGACAUGCCUCAGGCUCAGGAAAAGGAGAUGGUGCACUUGGACAUGGUAGGGGAGCAGGACUGGGCAGCAGAGACAGGAGCUGCCUGGUGGCUUGACAGAGAAGUGGUGGAGCUGAAGAGGAGAAACUGAAACUAGGGCUCAUCCUGGCAUGUCUAGUCAGGCAGGAAAGUUCAGAGCAGAAAGCUGGGCUCUCCCUUCUGUCUCCUGGCAUGGGACACUACUCCUGGCAUGGGACACUACCAGCAAAGAGGGUUUUCUCCUAAGUGUUGGUGAGGGAAUGCAGUGCCCUGGGCCAAGGGCAGCUGCUGUAAUUCUCCUUGUGGCUCAGGUUACGAGCACAGAUACCCAGAGAUGGCCUGUCCCUCUUCGGGCACACGGCCUCUCCGUGGUGGAGUGGUCCCAUCUCCUGGCACAUACACACCACUUACCACUCUGGGCCGUGCAGCAGUCAGGUGCCUGCUCUUCUUGAGACUUGUGCCUGCUCUCUGUAUCCACAUUGGUGAUGAGGGUUCCUUUGGCAGGCCAUUCGAUAUCUCUCUCAGGAUAGCCUUCUCCCUUAUAUCUAACCUGAGUUCUCCCUGCUGUAUCUUAAUCCCAUUACUUCUCCUCCGUUGACCAGUGAGUCUAAUUGGCUCUUUUCCUUUUUCUUAGGGCCUUCCUGACACAAGCAGGCCUGUUAUCUGUAGCCAUCUUUUCAGCAAGCCCAGAGUCUUGAUCUCACUUGCCAGACCCUGGCUUCAGUGUUGGUGCAGAAGUUUUCACUGUGGAGUGAAUAUGUCACUCCUGCUCUGAUCCUGGCCUGGGCAAGAGGGCCAAAGGUGCCAGCAAUGCCUUGUUCUGUCAGGGUGGCUGUGUCCUCAUUCCUGGUGCAGAACAUCUCUUCGAAGUGAGCAGAGCUCACAGAGCUGCUGGCUGCUUACACAAGGAAAGCGGGACAGCACGCAUCACCCUCUGGGAAGGUCAGAGCUGGGUUCUUGUCAGUAUGAUGGGGGCAAUAAUUAGGAGGAUCUCUGCAGUCAGAUGGCUUUGUUUUUUUUCCAUACAUCAUUCGAACAUUGCAAUUUCCCAUGGGCUGAAAGUCAGGCUCAGCAUUGCACUUAGCAGCAGACCUUCCUCUUAUGUAAGAAGGAGGGAGACAGGAAUGCUACCAGCUCCUCUUUGUGGCCCUUCAUGGUGCUAAUGCAACCCAGAAGAGGGCUAGUCCUUACUGCUGCAAGACUGGAGAAUUGGUUUGGGCUAUUUGGUGUUUCCCGCUCUUCAAUAUAUUUGUCAGGUACUUAAAAGCUCUCCGGCUUUUCUGAACUAGAGAAAAGAGAGAGAGAGAGAGAGAGAGAGAGAGAAGAAGUGUGUGAGAAGCUCUGGAUUACCUGAUCAUCAAGACACAUCACCACCUAUUUAUCUCUCUUUCAACACGGUGGAAGCUUCCCACAUAGUGCCUAGCACCUUGCUUGUGCAGAACAAGUUUAUGACACCAGCCAGCCAAGUGGUACUUCUUUGAUCCUCUGUGUGUCAUGUCUCACUCCACACCAAGGAGGGAGGUUUCAGAGAGGCCUGUUGGGGAGAGCAACUGUAGGGGCAUUCAUUAGGAUGGGGAGAGGGAAUCUGAGCCUAUUACCAAGGCCAAACCUUCCAGGCAAAUACACAGUUUUAAGGCUGGGGAAGCUGCUGUUCUAUUGUCAGACAAAUGCAACCUCCUUCCUUUCUGCUCCCCCUAAAAUGCACAUUAGAAAUCCAUCUGGUCCCUGCCCUCUUUGCUGUCUCUUCACUCAAGAGGCUGCAGAGUUGUUUAAUAACUGAUGGAUGCCUGUGGGGUGAGAACUGCAGGAAAAUAUUUAUGAAGUGGAAGUUUAAGAAAGAUAGGUAGCAUCAAUGCCAGUAAAAGAGCACCUGCUGACUAGCAGGUGGGACAAAUAAUGCCUUUUAAGCUCUCCUUCCAGCCUUUCCAACCACGGCUUCAGUACUGCUGUCUAAUGUCACCAGGGUGCUGCCUUAGGAGGGGACAGACUUUGCUGCAGUGUGUUCCUACUCUGCUGCAGUCACUGUAGGGGCUGGGUCUGAAGUGCCACACCACCACCAAGAUGUUGUGUUACCAAAGAGCUCUAAGUCUCAAGUUGGGAUGUGUCCUUCUGAUCGUGUUUCAUUCAUAUUCAGUGGUUAGAAUAAAGUCUGUAGGAAUAUGAUCUGGAUCCAGGUAAUGUCAGAAAUUAAACAUAGUUUAAGUGAUAGCUCUGUCUGGUGCUGCUGCUUCCUGUGAUGCACUUGGGCCUACACUCUCCACUGAGCCAGGUGUGCAUGGGUACCAAAGGCUGGUUCAAAGGACCUGGGACCCCAGUGGGGACUUGGGUCUGAGCCUGCCUAGGGCUGUUUUCCCCGUGGGCAUUCUGGAAAAAGUUGAAAGGGAUGAUAGCCACACUUCAGGUAGAAAUUAAUGGGCUAUGUUCAUUCCUAGGGUAAUUUUACUGAAGCCAGUGGUACUAUACUAAUGUGAGGUUGGCUUAGCAGCUCCUCAGAGGGGUCUGUCCCUGAGUCCAGAAAAAUUGAUCUGUCACAGUGUUGCUUUGAUGCAUAGAUUUUGUGUUGGAACUUGGCCAACAUGAAUGAAUGUUGAAUAUCUGUAGUUUCUACAAGCAGUGGGUUGAAUUGUUCUGCUCUACUGCCUCACAGCUGCUCUGCCAAGGGGAACAUUAUGCCCAUGGAUGUGAUCUCGUCAACCCAUUCAAAAGCAAGCUAACAAGCAAAAUGACCUCCACAGCACCGGGAGAGGAGCUUUCUCCCAUGGGACCAUAGCCUUUUUGCCUCUGAGCUAAAAGAGGUCCCAAGGACAGAACUGAACCUGCAAGAUCCAUGGCCUCGUGGCCUGCCCUUCCUCCUUCCCUCCUUACCUCAUGUCUGUCUUGGGGGAGGGACAGUUUCCCUCUGGAGUUCAACAAGCUCCUCUUCCUGCGGCUUGUGAACAGGCUCUACAAACAGGUAUAUCAUCCACCUAUGCAACUCUUCCAGAAGCUGCCAGAUUUUCAGGAGCCCAUUACAAUGUGCAGCAUGGCCGUCCAGCACUGAGAAUAAGCACAGCGGCUGCUGGAAAGCUAAGUGGGUUUUAUUCCUCCCCCAUUCCCCAGGAAGACUCUUUUUGUUGGGCCAUUUUGUUUGUUCGUUCGUUUGUUUGGUUUUUGUAAACUUCAUCUGAGGGAAAUGAAGCUUGUGAGAAAUUGGUGCCCAUCCUGAACCCUCCCCAGUCCUUUGAACUCUGUGAAUGGAUGGAUCACCUACUGUGAUUAUAAUUUAGUGGAUUUUGUAGAACAAAAUAACUUCACACACAGACACAUGAGGUUCUUUCAGUCUCCAUCAGCACAAGCUGCUUCUGCAAUCUUAGCUACUCACAUUAGUGAAAGAAAAAGCCUAGCUAGAAUGUGGUGAGAUGACGUAGUACUUUGUAUCAGUCCCAUGGUCCCAGCGUCCAUUAGCAGCGCCGUCAGCUGCCGUGACAUGAAUUCAGACUUUGGAUGGCAGCCCAUGAACCAGUCAGGGUGAAAAUUUGGAAAAUCCCAAGCCUGAGUCUAUGCACAUUUCCAGAAACAGAUGCAGAGGGAGGAUCAGCUGAAAGCAGGCAUCACCUCCUGCUCAGCCCUGGCAGAAGCUGGUGGGCUCUGUUAGUGCUGCACCUGCCCCCCGGGAAGAGCCUGUCCCCAGGGACCCAGCAGAGGGGCCUGAGAGCAGCAGUGUGUCUGAUGGAGCAGCACUGCUCAGCUGACUGGGGAAAUAGCAGUGACAACCAGACCCCAAAAUAACAGGAUUUCGCUUUGGAAAUGCCAGGAGCUUUUUCAAACUGAAAUGCCACAAGAAGGCCUUAACAGCUGUUAGAAGUGUUUCGCAUUGCUGUUCCUUGCUUAAAAAAAAAAAAAAAAAUUGGUGAUGAUGUGGGUUUACACUCUCCACUCCUUCCAUCUCUGUUAGUAAUGUGCUAUGCUGGUGGAGAAGGAAUGCCCACGGCAGAUCAGGAUGGUGGCCCUGUGGCUUUGCAGUGGGGUAGGUUGAUCAGGAACGGAGGCCAGAGUUUAAAAUCUUUCUCUGCCCCCGGAGGUGUGGCAUGGCUAUCCACCCAGGCGUGGCAGGGUGGGGUUCUGCGUGCUUGUGCACAGCUGGGAUCUGUGGCCCUGUGGAGGCUUGAUAUGUUUGUGGCUUUGGUGUGGUGACACCUAUCCACCCUUUCAGCAAGGGCUUUUCAGGGUGACAGAGCAUUGCUUGUUCUUCGUGAGAGGAAACUCCUGACCUGAUUUCUGUGAGGAGAUGGUCACAUUUGUGAAGUGUCACAUUUGCUGCAGAGAGUGGCAGGGAGCAGGGAUAAAAGCAUGGAGCGAGCUGUGUUUGAGAACAAGCUAAUCCAUUGCUGGCCAUCUGAAACCGAAGAGCUGCUGGAUCUGCUCCCUGGACAACGCUUUCCAGCUCUUCUCACUCUCCCCAAACCUGAUGUGCAAACUGUCAUUCCUGUGAGCUAGCCAAAGCACUCCCCUCCCCUGAACUCCUGCAUUCCCAUCAUUUUGGUCCCUCCCUGCUGGGCGCCAUGAAAUGCCAGCAGAUGCAUGAUGACCACAGGCAUGCUGGUGGCCAGACCUCACCAUACCCUGCCUGUGCACUGCCUUCCAGCAGCACUCCCUGCCCUGGUGUGCCCAAAUGCUUGCUUGUUGCAGAGCAACCACAGCACAUCCUGCCAUCACUUUGGCAGCACUCAGUGCUUUCCCAGAGAAUUUCACAGCACUUGUCCUAAGUUAGAAAAUGGAAGGCCUUGAUGUUUUGGUGGUCCUGGUCUCCAGACCAAGGAGGAGAGGAGAGGCAGGUCAGCUGUUGUGGCAGUGAGGGAGCAGGGAACACCAUCAUGGUGGAAGCAGCAUGUCUGCUGGAGAAAUCUCCAAACGUGGGCUCUGUGCUUCUCCGCUGGGGCUGAGGGCAGCUGACGAAGGGCAGAAUAGGAUGUGAAUGCUCAGCAACACAUGGGAGGAAGAGAGAUGGUUGAGAACAUCUGUAAAAGGCUUUGCAAAGGUGGUGGUUUUUACAGGAGACAAAAGGCAAAAUGGGGCAAGAGGAUGCGGUGCUGCAAGGCAGGGAGGAUGGGGCGGAGAUGGAGCAGGGCAUUUGAUAGAGAAGCUCAGGAACAGAGUGGGCUUUCAAAGCAAUCUGUGCAUGCUCUGGCUGAGGAAAAAGGCAGGAGAUAUUCCUAAGCUGAGGUGCCCAGGUCAUGUCUCGCUGCGUUGUUGGAGCAGCAAUGCCACCUCCAAGCCCAGCAGUGACAGCUUGUGCACGUGUCAUCAACCACGAUGGCCACAAGGUGUAAAUGUCACUAAUGAAUAAAUUGCCUUGUGCCUUGGAGAGGCUAAUCCAUCACGGCCAGAGACAGGGAUCUGACAAGCCUGGCUAUUUCAGGCAUACCCUGUAGGGAGGAGGGACGCUUCGUUUCUGAGCCGUCCCCCCCACCUAGGGAAGCUGAUGCAGGGCUUGGCUCUGUGCCACUUCCCAUCUUCCCAGCCACACGAGCUCAGGCUUCAUCCCUCUUCACUGCAACUGAAGAAGCAUGAAAGGAUCUAGAUUAGCCAAAAGUGCCCUGUCGCCAGGGUGGUACACGGGGCUAGCAGGUGAUUGAGGUUGGAGGGAAGCUGAUGCACACAGGGCACACGUGCUGUAGGGGUGAUGGAAUACAGUGAUGGGUCCCCAGUGAUUGGGAGAGCUUGUGUUAGUUGUCUGGGUGUGUUUCGGGGCAGGAGUGCUUGGCACUACAUUUUAGAAGCAUGCUGUUUCCUCCUCACCCCGCUGUGCUGUCCCACAGGCAGUGGAUAGGACCCCCAUUUUCAGGAUCCCCUGUGUGUGAACCCCAGCCACCAGCACCCUGGCUGACUGUGCAGAGGGCCAGCAGGUACCAAACGGGCAGGGACAACUCAGCCUAGACAAAUCCAGCUCCAUGGGAGCAAAGGGAGGCUGAACACAGCAGCCAUUUCUGUGCACAGCCUCUGCUCAUCCUUGUGGCAGCCUGCUCCUCCUCCCCAAGUCGGUGCUCAAAACCAACCUGCCAUCUUGUUUGUGACAUAUGCCAGUGUGACACCUUGCAAAUCGAUGCCUGGGUCUCUGUGAGCAGAAACCGCCAGGCUUGGGAAGCUGGCCACUGUCUCCUGCUGCCGUGUGUGCUCUGCUCAGAGCAGUGGGAGCCAGGCUCGCCAUCUGCUGUGGGAAGGGAGGCAGCCGGGUGCCCCUGCUCCAGCCUGAUGGGACACCCCCCGCACAGCCCGAGGGAGAGCCCAAGGGUCAUUCCCCCUUCUUUACCUUCUGACCACCCCUGUCUCUCACCAUCUUUCUGGCACAGACCCAUGGGUGAGGGGGUGCUCCCAGCUUGACUCUGCUGAGGGCUGCUGAUGCUGUGUUGGUGGGUGGUGGCAGUGCCCAAGCUCGUUCCCUCCUCCAGACAGAGGCCCACAAAUGACACCCCCUCCUCAGAGCCUGCCAGUACUCCCUGGAGAUAGAUCUCAUGGGAGAGCUAAGGUAUUUGUUAGGGCCCUGCACUCAGCACAGUGACCAGCUAGUUACCCACCCUGUGGUGGCUGGACCUGGAGCUGACAAGUGACCCACCAACAGCAGGGAUGUUCACACUCCAACAAUCUGCUGUUGCUGUCUGGCCAGAGUGUGUGGCAUUUGAAAUGGUUUCAACCCUUGCAGACUGGCAGAUAGUUGACUCUUGGUCUUGGGUGUGGGCAAGUGCUGCAGGCUGCUUGGUUUGGACUUUGCUUUCUGGCCAAGAGAUGGAUGGGAGAGAGGGCAAAGAGUUCUCCAGGCAACAGCUACCUGUCCGGGCAUUCCUGCACGUGGCAGCCCAGGAGCGGGUUUGGGUGUUUAAGUGAUGUUAACAGUCUCAAGCUGUUAGCAGGAAAAUGAGCAGUGAAUAUCCUGGAAAGCAAGUCAGUAGUUGUUCUGGUGAUAUGUUUUCCCAAGCCCUUUUCUUUCCAUCCCUUGUCCUCACUGGCUCUGGUGGCCAAUUCCUCCUCAUGUGUCUGCUAGCAUGUCUGCAGGAUCUCAUUGCUGCCCUCCAAGCAUGAGCUUUCAUUGCACAACUGGCUGACCAGCUGCAGCCCUGUCCUUGGAGCUACAGGCAGGCUUGCCUAGGACCAGGCCACCCCCAUUAAACCCCCACCCUCGCUGCUGGAGCUGCUGCUUCAUCAGCCUGAUGCUGAUCUGGGUCUUUUCUGCUGUUUCUGAACAUGAGUUCUCAUCUCAUUGAGGUGUGUCAUCCAGUGAAAAUAUUUUGUAAAUGCAAAUAAAAAUAAAUAAGUAUAUUCAAUACCUCGGUCUCGAGGAUGGGAAACAAGUAGUGGGAGUUGCCCAGGUAGGGAGGUUUCACAGCUGCUACUGCUGGUUAGGAAUUCUUCUGGAUGUAGCCCCUGGAGCAUCCAUCAAUAGUUGGGAAGGGAGCUACACAAACCUGUGAGGGCUUGGGGCAGAGCCCUGUCAGCACCCCUGCUGCCAGGGCAGCCUCGCACUCCAUCCUUUCUGAUCUAUAUGGGCGUGACACGGUGCAGGUAAAGGUCCUGUCAGCCAGGGGCCAGCGGCACCUCGGUGUCUGUAUCCAUCAGGCAGGGCAAGGCAGAAGCGGGUACGUGGUGAAUAAAUUCUUUUGUGAACACUGGGAAACGGUUUUUACUUUUCAACUCUGUCAAUAUGAUCUAGCUCUGUCUGUCUCUCUAUAUAUGUACAAACAGUAUAUCACAAUGUUGCCUUUUUUGUUGGAAAUAUCAAAGUACAAAGAUUGUAAACCAAAUCGGUGUAAUAAAAGUUUCAGAUGAUUCACUGA